AACUUUCCCGAGGAGUUGGUUGGUAUGUUUGCUGUGUGCUGCGCGGCGCUCCGUUAACUCGGCACACAACCUACACCGAGUGGACCAGCGCGCUGCCGCCUAUUUUUAGAAGUCUGCCUUAAUGGGGGAAAACGAAGCUUGAAGAAAGUGCAGAGGAAUGUCUCGACUGCGCUGAGAUGAACUCGCCAAACACCUCGAAGUGACGGAAUUUUUACAAAAACAAAAAAAGCUAGCAGAAGAACGGCGCUUUGCCUCGCUUCAACUCUUCCUCCAACUUGUGAACAAGACGCUGUGGCCACUGGAGAAGUCGCCGUGCUGCGCAAUGGCUGCCCAGUGCGACACUCUAAGCGGAUACUUGCAGCAGUCGGACCAGGGCUCAAACAGCGAGCGCAGCACCGAUUCUCCUCUCCCGGGAUCAGAGGAGGAUCUGAGCGGCCCCCAUCCCCUGCCAGACCCGGAGUGGACGGAGGAGAGGUUUCGGGUGGACCGCAAGAAGCUGGAAGUCAUGUUAUUAGCUGCCUCUGAGGGGAGAGUCAAUGGCGGGGAGGAUUUCUUUCAGAAGAUCAUGGAUGAGACCCAAACACAGAUAGCCUGGCCCUCCAAACUGAAAAUUGGAGCCAAGUCCAAAAAAGAUCCACAUAUCAAGGUGUGCGGAAAAAGGGAGAAUGUGAGGGAAGCCAAAGACAGAAUUAUGUCCGUCCUCGACACGAAGAGCAACAGGGUGACUCUGAAGAUGGACGUUUCCCACACAGAGCACUCGCACGUCAUCGGCAAAGGCGGCAACAACAUCAAGAGGGUGAUGGAGGAGACGGGGUGCCACAUCCAUUUCCCCGACUCCAACAGGAACAACCAGGCAGAGAAAAGCAACCAGGUGUCCAUCGCGGGGCAGCCAGGAGGGGUGGAGGCAGCUCGAGUAAAAAUAAGGGAGCUGCUACCUCUCGUGCUGUCCUUCGAGCUUCCGGCUAUCAUGCAGUCGGACCCCAGCUCCCCGACUGUGCAGCACAUCUCGCAGACCUACAACCUCACAGUCUCCUUCAAGCCUCCAACACGCCUCUACAGGGCCACUGGUGUUGUUCGCGGCUCACAGAAUAACGCCAACGCAGUCAAGAGAGGUACAGCUCUGUUGUUGGAGCACUUGGCUGGUAGUUUGGCGAGCACCAUCUCAGUCACCACCCACCUGGACAUCGCACCACAACACCACCUCUUCAUGAAGGGACGCAACGGCAGCAACAUUAAGCACAUCACCCAAAGGACGGGAGCUCAGAUCCACUUCCCCGACCCCAACAGCCCCCAGAAGAAAUCCACAGUCUACAUUCAGGGCACCAUUGAAUCCGUCUGUCUGGCACGGCAGUACCUCAUGGGCUGUUUGCCUCUGGUAUUAAUGUUUGACAUUAAAGAGGACAUCGAGGUGGAGCCACAGUGUAUCACAGCACUAAUGGAGCAGCUGGAUGUCUUCAUCAGUAUCAAGCCAAAGCCAAAACAGCCCAGCAAGUCUGUGAUAGUCAAGAGCGUGGAGAGGAAUGCAGUCAACAUGUACGAAGCCCGAAAAUUCCUCCUGGGUCUCGAGAGCAAUGGAGUGUCUCCUUCUUCUUCGCCCUCCGUGGCACUGAAUCCCGCUACUAAUGGUCCGUCCCCAUCCCUCAUCUGCCCCGUUGGCCUGGAUAUCCUGGCCUCAGCUGGCCUGGGGCUGAGUAAUCUGGGUUUCCUGGGUGCGACGGCACCCCACUCCCUCCCCAACUCCGCUGCCCCAAAUGCUGUUCUGAACAGCUUAAACUCCUCCAUGAGCCCUCUGCAGACGCCGAGCCCCAGCACUCCCACACCGUCACCCUCCCUCUGGCCCAGUUCACUCACCAGCACCCAAGGCUUCUCAUCUCAGCUCAUGCUGCAUCCCGCCACUCAGGCCACGCUGAGCAGCAUCCUGCUGUCAGGCGUGCAGGGUUACACUCAGUCCACGCCGUCGCCUCCGCCUGGCCUCGCACCCAUCGACAAACAGCCCAACGGGGUUCCUGACUGCACUCUUAACGGACAUGUCAAGCACCCUGGCUCAGUCUAUGGAAGGUUAGCAACAGCGUCGCUUGCAGAAACUGUUUUGAGUCCGGCUCCAUGCGACUCGGUCCAGGAAGCCAGCGGACACAAUCCAUCAGAACCGCUGUCGAGCAAGUCCAGCCCAGAUGAAGGCUCUGACACAUUCGUAGAAGUGGGCAUGCCCAGAAGCCCCUCUCACUCGGCUAACGGGAGCGAGCUGAAACAGAUGCUGGCUUCAUGCAAAACGUCAUCAGGGAAACGGCAGGCCGUGGAGCUCCUGCAGGGCACCAAAAACUCCCAUCUACACUCCGACUGUCUCCUGUCGGACGCCGAGUCCAGCUCGUCAGACAGCCCUGUGGCCGACAAGAGGGCGCCGGGCAGCGAGCGGGCGGCCGAAAGGGCAGCACAGCAGAACGAGAGGGAGAGGAUCAGGCUGGCACCACAGACCUCCUUCGCCAACAUGCAGGCUUUUGACUAUGAACAGAAAAAGCUGUUGGCAACCAAAGCUAUGUUAAAGAAGCCUGUGGUGACGGAGGUGCGGACCCCCACCAACACCUGGAGUGGUCUGGGUUUCUCAAAGUCGAUGCCAGCCGAGACCAUCAAGGAGCUGCGGAGAGCCAAUCAUGUUUCAUACAAACCCAGCAUGAGCACCACGUAUGAGGGUUCCCCACUGUCCCUGUCACGAUCCAGCAGCCGGGAAGGCGUUGGAAACGGCAGCGACUCUGACAACUGGCGAGAAAGGAACGGCACUGGUAAUGGUCUGCCAAGCCAUGCCGAGUUCCCCUCUGCUGUCAGCAGCCCGAAGAGGAAGCAGAACAAAUCUGCUGCAGAGCAUUACCUCAGCAGCAGCAACUACAUGGAUUCCAUCUCCUCAGUAACUGGCAGCAACGGCUGCAGUCUGAACUCAUCUCUGAAGGGCUCAGACCUGCCAGAGCUCUUCAGCAAGCUGGGAUUGGGGAAGUACACAGAUGUCUUCCAGCAACAAGAGAUUGACCUCCAGACAUUCCUGACCCUAACAGACCAGGACCUGAAGGAGCUGGGAAUCACCACCUUUGGUGCCCGCAGGAAAAUGCUGCUCGCUAUCUCAGAACUAAACAAGAACCGGAGGAAGCUAUUUGAGCCACCCAUCAGGUCCUCGUUCCUGGAAGGGGGAGCGAGCGGCCGCCUCUCCCGUCAGUUUCACGCCGACAUGGCCAGUGUGAGCGGGCGAUGGUAGGAGCCCUUGGGCCAAAUCCCAAAAGCCGUCCAUGAUGGGAGACGAGCCUCCAGCGUCUCUCAGUGAUGCCCAGGUUUCAGCGGUUGUUCACCCUUUUCAACUUCAGCUGAAUUAAGACUGUUCACAAUGUUUCCAUAUAGUAUAAAUAUGUAUAUGUUUAAAAAAAAGCCAUAGUUUUACAUGAAGUACCAAUAGUUAUAAAAAAAAAAAUCCAUGAGGUUCAGUGUUCACUCCUUAUAGGCCCAUUGAGUCUAUAUGGAGCAUUUCUAUAUGAAGGGUGAUGUUAUGGUUUUGAAAAAAAGGUACUGUCCAGUAUUUCUGUCCACUUUUUGUUCAAGGGAACAGGCAGAAUGAUUAGUACAAUCAUUUUACCCACUGAUACUACCUGCAUUUGCGUCAUGCUAUUGUAUCAGUGACAUGCACUUUAAUAAUACUAAAUUUUUGCCUGUGAGAGCCUUAUUCCUUAGAUUGAAAUAAUAAUAACUAUGCAUUUUUUAUUGACUAAAAGCACAGAUGCAUUUUGUACCAAAACCAAAAGUAAGCACUUAGCCAGCGAGAUUAUGGCGCCACCAAAUGAAGUGCAAAAACAAGUCGGCACACGUCAAGUGGUGACUGGAUCAACUUUAACACAUUAUACCAAAGGAAAGUAUCAUUGUGGCCUUUGACCUUUCAGCUGCCGUCAGUGUUUUGAUUGGUGGACAUUCCUCCAAGGUCAGUGUUCAACAGUAGUUUGUCUGUGUAUUUCUAGACAAAAUGGGGAAAAAAAAUUGUACUCAUUAUGCAUUAUGAUUUUAUUUUUAGUUUUUAUUACCAUUUUAGGCGAAUGAGUGGAAUGUUUAUUGGUAAUCAGUUUACAUAUGUAUUUUUUAUAUGUUCAUAAAUGAGUUUCUAUGAUUUUUGUAAUUAGUUUACUAGUAUCUUUUACUUUUUUCUCCCCUGCCCCUUAAUCUGUGGAGCCAUGACAUGGCUGUGCCAUCAGACAGCAGUGGAGAUGUGAGGCAGUUAGGCUAAGCUUCAUAGGCCUCGCUCUGAUUGUGUCAACAGGCAUCUUUUUGUGGUUUUCCUGGUCUGUUUAUCGUUCGUGAUCUUUUGUCUCAUCUGUUGUUUGUCAGUGAUGGCCUCCCUGUGGCCCUUUCCGUGUGCCUCAGAUCUCCCAAAACGCUCUUGCAUGUAUCUACAACUUGAGAUGCCACAACUGUAUGCCAUUUUUUUUGUCUUCCUAUUAACUGGCUGUUCCAUUUAGAGCAAAGAAAAGACCUCAUAACAGAACAAGGCCGUGCCUUUGUAGCGAAAAGUGCCAAUGUACAUAACUAGUUUUUCAGCAGGGAGAUGUUUUGUUAAGAACACUAAUAUUUUGGUCUGACCUUACUCUCCAGAUAGGAGGUGCAUCACACAAAGAAGCAGUAUGUUCACAGCCAAGUGGGUUUCAUAUGAGCAUUUCUGUGAGGACACAAGUAAGGAACCAAAGUCACCAGAAGGACUGUGAGAUUUAAGAUGAAAACAAAUAAAAAUAAGGAUAUUUCUGCUAUCAGUCAUGCGAUCUAAUAUCCCUAAAACAUGGUUAAGCAGUGUUUAAUAAAGUAACAGGAUUAUGCAUGCCGCAGCAGAAUUUAUCAUCAGAGCUUGUGUUUGUUCUGCACUCCCAUAUUAUGUUCAGUCAUGUGUUUUAAAAAGGGAAAACAUCCUCUUCCAGCAGUUCAUUAACUUUGGAUAACUCAAACGUUUUUUUUGUGUGAUGUUCUUAAAAUAUUUCUGAGGAUUUAGACCACAAGCCGGUCCAUCGUCCAACGUCCUGAGCAUUCUUCCAAGUGCAAUUAAGUGCCUCUUUGUAUUUUUUAUUUCUUUUUUUUGUGUGUUCAUAUUUACAGUUCAGUAAGUAUAAAAGCCUCGACUGAGGAAUUUCUUAUCUUGGUUUAAAUGAGAGUACAGUGUAUAAAAACUAUAAAGUAUGUGGACGACACUAAUGAGAGAUUCACUGCCAAGUGCAUGAACAUUUAUGUCACCAAAUUUAAUCAAGACAGAAAGUAGAAGCAGCUCUCAUACAAUCUCAGAGAUUUAGAUUCACAAUGAUUCCCUUUAACGUGAUUUGUUGUUUGUCACUUUUAACCACUUUUCCAGCCUCCAUCACAUCUGAUUUGAGCCAUUUUCAAUGUGGUUGUCAAGUUAGUAACACUAAGUAAUAGUCUGACAUGGUUGCUGAAGCCGACCAGGUAAUUCUUUUUUUUUUUUUCUUCCAGUAAGGUCUUAAUAAAAGAGGAAUAAUGCUAAUAUAGAGAAGGAUUCUUUAUUCUGAGAGGAAACCGGGGCCGGUUCGCCCCCACUCAUCAUGGUACUACAUUGAAACUGUUGAGCACUGAUUCUCCCAGUGCUGUGACUCGUGUUCCUGCCUAGGAGACAUUUGUUUUUUCAUCCUUCGCCUUGUUUGGAAGCGUUUGCUCAGAGGGCAGUAGAGGUUCUUGUCUUAGCGAAGUGAAUGUUGUUUAAAAGAAUUUAUUGAUUCAUGUUAUUGCAGCUUGAUUACGGAUCAGUGAAGGGAUUCACCAAGUCAAAAAGUUUACUGCCAGCUUGUCUAGUCUUUGCCCUUCAUAGAAUAGUUUCACAAUGUCUUUGUUGUAUUAGUCCUAUUGUUGUUCCCAAAGGGAUUUAUUUGAAGGAAUCUUUGUACUGCAAUCAAAUGGUACAUUUAUAAUAAAUGUAAACCACUAAGGAAACAAUGUAUUACACAAACUUUUUGUACAACUUUUUCAUCCUAUACGACCUUUAGUUUUUUGCGUGAGAAAGGUACAAUUCUGCACAAAGUUCCAGAGAAGAAUUUGUGUAUAAACAUUGUCAUGUGGCCAAAGCUCUGUUCACUGUGGCAUCUUUUGAUGGUAUUGUUAUUCCAACUGUGUUGUAGUACAGAUAUAAACAGAAGACAUUUUGGAGAAACUGUCAAGCAGGCAAAAAAAAAAUGUUUGUUUAAACAUUCAAAUGGUAUUAUGAAGGUAUUAAAUAUAUGCAAACAAACUCUCAUUUUGCUUCUCUUUUCUGCACAUCGCACAGAAAUGUCAGUUGUCCUAAGCCAUCAGGAUAUGCAGACUGUCAUUAUCUGUAUGAUUUUGUAACUGUUCUACUUCUAGAAGCCAAAAAAAAAAAAAAUAGUUGGCUGCACCAGAGCACAGAUAUUGAAGCCUCUCCUUUGGCCAAACUUUUUGAUGUGGUAUUGUGAAAUAUACCAAAAAAAUCACACUAGCAAAUUUAAGCUUCUAAUUAUGAUUGUUCAACCACACAACACUUUAUAUCAGUUUUCUCUGUUCAAAAGCCUCCCAGUUAAACCACAAUAACAAACACAUUCACACUCUGCAGGUUGGGAGACAACACAGUCCCAGUGCCAUAUGGUUCUGGUGACAUACAUGCCUACAUGAGGCCUAAGCCACAAUGCCAGCAUCUGCCUAAUCCAACAAAAUCAGUCUUUGCCUGACGGAGACUCUUGCAAAGACAUAAUGCAUGAGAACAAAUUCAUAUUAAGCUGUCAUCUGUCCCACUGAACACGCAGCUGGACCAUGAAAACACUAUUUGUCUUCUUCCCUUUUUCCUGUCUUUGUUUUUGCUGUUUUUCAGACAUUAUACCGUUUUUUUUUUUUGUUGUUGUUUUUUUUGGCUUGAUUCGUUGCCAGGAAUUGAGUUCAAAUGUGAAUGCUUUGUUUCCUGCUUAAUUUUGCUCUCUGCAAAGCAAAAAUACAAGCAGUAUUACUGAGAAACUCAGGGGGGCAGUGUUGCCACUAAAAAGAACUGAUAAAGCGUGGAGAAUGGUAGCUCAGCAACAGACUAUUAGAUGGUUAGAAAAAAAUUCAAUAGCAAUACAAAAUUACUGGUAUUCUUUUGCGAGAUUUAAUAUAACUUGAUCUCAAAGUAAUUCCCAUCUACUUAUGAGAAUGGCUUUUAUUGUAACAUACAGUCCACUGUCAGGUUUGUGAUUGCACUUUUUCAAGCUGUUUCUUGCCUGACGUAGGAAACUGCAUCCAGUUUUUCCAUUUUAUUUAUGAUGCCAUUAAUUGCGCCAAACCUCAUCCGCAGGCCUCUCUGAUUAUGGCCACAAAUUAAUGUUCAGAUGGCACACAGAGACAGACGGAGCCUCUCAUCCAACACAAAUGAGCCCUUAACAAAAACAGGUGGUGCCACUGAACUAUGUUUUCUGUGGCAGCUUGUGACUCACUUUCUCCUCCUCUCUGUCAUUUCCACAGGUGCUUGGUGAAGUACAGAACACAGACCGCCUUCGUGUUUAUGUAACACCAAAACACUGAAUGGGAUGUAAAUACUGGUAUGUUUAAAAAAAUAAAAUAAAAAAAAAAAAAGAGCUCGGGGUGGGACUGUGUAGGAAGGAUGUUAAGAAAACAUUUGUCAUGGUGUCUGCUGCCAAUUCCUCAUAUGAUAAACAGAUCGUAAUAAUGAAACCUCACAAAAUAGUCAUCUGAGGGUAAAUCUGUCUCGGUUCUGCAGAAACAAAUACACUUUACCUGACAAAAAAUACUAAAGAAAAGCUAUUGAAUCGCAAAGAUCAAAGUCUGUCUUUGUCCCACUUAGUAUAAUUACAUGUAUAGCACAGCUGGCAAUCACUCUCAGCGCCUGGCAUGACUAAUUUCAAUUUCAUGUUCCAUUGUGAGAGAUGGAGACAGUGAAGGACAGCUAAAUUGCAGGGGGAAAGAAGUGAUGGGCUUUUUUGUCACUAACCAACCAUGCAUUUACUCAGCAUCCCGGUAGCCUCCCCGCUUAAAGAGCAGCAGACUCUACAGCAUCACAUAUUGUUCGCAUUGGCCGCUUGCCUCUGCAGGAAAGGUGUAAAUGAGGAGAGCUGUGACUUGGUUGCUACCUCACCAUACCUGGCUCUCCUCCAGUGGACAAUAUGCUCGCAGCAGCUGAUGAGUCUGGCUCAUUGUGUCUUGUUCUUUUUCGUCGCACUGUGCACAAUGAGACAAAGAGAGAAAAUGCUCUUAGGGUUUGCAUAUAUGCAGCUCCUUUUGCAGUGAUAGUAUUUUAGGUUAUAUAAACUUUCACUGAUUUAUUGCAGUUCUCUGAAUAUCUGGACACUGUCAGAGGCUUUAUUCUUCCUAAAUGUUGUUUCUAGGACGUAAAAACCUUUCUAUCUCAGGCCCUAAGUUGUGUUUUUGAAGUAUUUACAUUUAUUUCCCACUCAGAUUUAAGUUCACUUCUGCAUCUAUUGACCAUUUUCUUCUUCAUGGUUUGCCAGGAUAUCAAAAAUUAAGUUUCUUAGCAUGGAAACUGUCUUUUUUUUUCUAGUUCUAAAUAAGACUUCACCUCUUUGGGCUGCUGUCAACCACUGUUCCCUCAAAGCUGCGCGCUUUCGCAAUUGCGCACUGCUGACACGGUCUCCACACACAGAAAAUCUGCUGCGCACAAAAAAAAAAAAUCCAACCUAAAUUGUAAAUAAAAUAAACACGUAACAAUUCAUUCUAUGCUAUUUUUCAGUGUGAGUCAGUGAGUGACCGGUGACUAGCUGCUGCAGCCAAUGAUGCGAUUCACAUACGUAUUUACCAUAGACUGUAUAUAAUGGUAUUUACGCAGCUAAUCAAUGUCAGGCUUCCUUAUGUGCAGCCACCUUUGUUCUCAUAGAUAUGAAUGAGUAGAUAGGACACGCCCCUUUGAGCUGCGUGCUACAGCGAGGCUAAGCUAGUGGGGGCAAAGUUUCAGUGCAUUCUGUUGAUGUAGACGACGUGAAAACGGAAACAAGUAUGCCGUCUCACUGUGCUGCAUAUAGUUACACACUACGUCGUACGAUUGAGACAAGGAAACUUGGAAUGACUUUUCAUAGUCCAUGUAGGUUUCCCAGAGACUAUGGGUUGAGGAGGAAGUGGAAGUUUGUCGGCUUAGACCUGGUGUCAUUCCAUCAGUGUUAAACUUCCCGGCUCAUCUUGGAAGAGUACGUGCCAGAAAGACCACGACCAAGCAGCCUUGAGAUCUUAGACAGCGUCUCCCUGAGGUCCCUCUCUAUCUCCCCACACAUCCACCAACCACUGGAACACAUCUCCAAAGUUCUGCUGGACCAGCUCAGCUUCCCCUCAGAAGAAGUGCUGCCACCUGCCAGAUGAAGGAGCCUUUUGAGAGGCAGCUGGCAUCGUGAUUGGACUGUACUUUGGUCUGUUCCAGUCCAGCUUCAGCUCCAGAGACGGCAGGCGGGACGAGUCAACGGAGGCCUGGUGGACGAAGGCAUGCAGCUGAGUACAAUCCAGAAAACAACAGAGGAGGAGUGCAGGGCCAGAACAAACAGAGUAGCAUCGUAUGUCUCUUAGAAAACAUCAUAGUAUAGCCUUUGGGAUGAAAAAACGCCAUCAUAUACAUUGUAUAUUGUACAUAUAACAAGUCAAAGGAAAGAGACAUACAUUGUAGAAUUGUAGUAAUUGUGGGCUGACUGAUUUACUGAUUAUCAGUAUUUUAUUUUUUACUGAUUUAUGGUAAUAAAUACAUUUAAAAAUGGUGCUA